UGGCAAGACCGCGAAUUGAGGUGAAAGAGGCGCUGACAAUGCUACGAGAUUUGGAUUAAAUGGAGUCAGAUGGACGGGAGGAACUUGAUGCUGAGAUCGACUAUGAUGAUGAAUGGGGGAAUUCUUCAAUAGAUUCGAUGCUGGCUGCGAUUCUUAUUAUGAGCCUGAUCUGCCUCAGCCUCGGCACAAGAGAGGCGGAACGAUGCCCCACCGUGCAGGUGUCACCAACUCAGAUGGAGGGAGAGGAGAAGGGGAAGGAGGGCACGGUUUGGAUAAAACAGCCAGUGGACAACGCUACAGGUCGAUUAUCAGCACAGAAUGGCACCCCAUUGGAGUCGGGCCCUACACCUUAUCCCAAAGGUAGAAUCGACAGAGCAUUCGACAGCUUUCAUUGUUUAUGUGACAUGGAGAUGUUGCAGCACAUCAAGGACUGUACUGUAGCUGAGGCGCGCCAGGCGAAAGGAGGCAAAACGUGGGACAUAUCUGUGGAUGAGCUGGAAGCGUUCAUUGCGCUCCUGUACGUCCGAGGACUGUACCGCGGAAUGUCCACGCCUUUGGAGAGCUUCUGGAACUAAAAAUAUGGGGUGAUUUUUUUCCGAGAUACCAUGCCACGGAACAGCUUCAGAGAAAUCAUGCGAUACCUGGAAACUGACACAUUUGCCCUGGUAUCAGAAGUUUGGGGCGCGUUUGUACAGAACUGUGUUGCCUCUUACAAGCCAGGAGUUAACAUUGCCGUUGAGGAGCAAUGGUUCCCCGCAAAAGCUAAAUGCAGCUUUACGCAGUACAUCCCCUACAAGCAAGACAAGUGGGGCAUGAAGUUUCGGUUGGCAGCUGACGUCCAUAGCAAGUAUGUGCUGAAUGUCUUUCCAUAUCUGGGGAAAGGUGAGCAGCCUGAAAAUGUGGUGAUGCGACUUGUGGAACCUUACCUUGGUGAGGGGAGAAAUGUCAACACGGACGAUUUCUUCACCUCACUGCCAUUGGCAAAUAAGUUGAUUGACAAAAAUACAAGCUUAGUUGGUGUUAUUGAAGCGAGCCGGGGGCUGCCUCCCUCUGUGAGCAACCAGGCACAGGCAGAGCUGUUCUCCACAACCGUGCUGAAGCACGACAAAGCGACACUUACGGUUUACAGAUGUAAGCCAAGAGAGAACGUCUGUAUCCUGAGUACUAUGCAUCCGACAGUUGCCAUUGGUGGUGACACAAAGAGAAAAACAGAGACGCUGACGCACUACAACAACACAACGGUUGGUGUGGAUAAGAUGGCCAGACAGUUCACGGUGAAAGCAGCUACCCAACGCUGGCCUGUUGCCGUAUUCUACAACCUGCUUGACCUGGCUGCUAUCAACGCGCACGUUUUGUUCACCCUGUGCACUGGUAGGACAAUGCCGAGGAGAGAGUUCAUCAUGCAGCUGGUAUUGGAGCUUCGUGAGAACCACAUUAGGGCCGGGGGCAAGGCAGCAGCGCACGACGUGCCAAAUGACGCACCACCGCUCUCGGAGAAAAACAUACAGUGCCAGGUGCACGGAUAAUGCGUAACAAAAACUGCGACUUCUGCGGGACCUGUAAGCGAUUUGUCUGCGGAAAGUGCUCAUUCAAGAAUAACGAUUUGUCGAAGAUUUGUGUUGACUGUCAUGAUAUGUCACUGUAAGAGAUCCUUCUGCUUAACGGACAAACUGCUGCUAUGCGUAAAGGCACACAUGCCCGAGAGAGGCCACAACGGGGUCAUUAAUGACUGACACCAGUAUAGGCUGUUUAUACGACUGACACUUAUGCUUGUUAUAUUAUUUUAUAAUACCAUUAUUGUUUUACAUUUGCUCAUUGUACACUUUAUUGAGCUGACUUGGCCCAUUUAGCCCUAUUGACAGUGCGUAUUUUGGAUACACCUACAGUGGGGAGAACAAGUAUUUGAUACA